UCCUCGCUGCGCAUGCGCGCGGCCCCGCUUCCGCCACGCCCGCCAUGGCGGCGGAGGCAGCCGGCCUUGGCCCCGCCCCCCGGGACGCCGCGCCGGUCACCUGACGCUGCUGCGGGCUGAAGAGACACAAGGGAAGUCGCUGUCGCCACAGUUGAGUCUUCUCUCGCCGCCGCCGCCUGCAGUCUGCAGCCCCCGGGACCCUCCGCCCCACUGCCUCCGCCUCGCCGCCCGCGCCAUGCCGUCGGAGAAGACCUUCAAGCAGCGCCGCACCUUCGAACAAAGAGUAGAAGAUGUCCGACUUAUCCGAGAGCAGCAUCCUACCAAAAUCCCAGUGAUCAUCGAACGGUACAAGGGUGAGAAGCAGCUUCCUGUCCUGGACAAAACCAAAUUCCUUGUACCUGACCAUGUCAACAUGAGUGAGCUCAUCAAGAUCAUUAGGAGGCGCUUACAGCUCAACGCUAACCAGGCCUUCUUCCUGUUAGUGAACGGACACAGCAUGGUGAGUGUGUCCACACCGAUUUCUGAAGUGUAUGAAAGUGAGAAGGACGAAGACGGAUUCCUGUAUAUGGUCUACGCCUCUCAGGAGACAUUCGGAGUGAAAUCGUCUGUGUAAGACUAGAAAAAUGCAUCUGUUCUUGAAUUUUUUUAAACCCUUACCAAGAGAAAAAAAAAAGGGAUAUUAGCAACUGAGGGUUGAUCAGAUCAUCCAGUCACAGAUCAUCCAAACAGUAGUGUUCCUGCCUAGGAGUUUUAGGAAGUUGUUUUGUACCGCAAGCAGGAAAACGGCUCGGUGAGCACAUCCAGCUUUGGAAAACUCCAUUAUUUAACCUAGGCUGUUUUGUUCUCAAAUUUAGAAGUUUAAAAAUAAAACACUUUGCAUUCUUAGUUGCCAAUAAAACAGACCUUCACCUUAUUUGAAUGCUCUUCUCCUAUUAGGAGCCUUCAGAGACACAUUCCUCACUAGGGUCCCAGACCCAGCGGACGCUCUGUGGAGGGUUUCUGUUGGACGGGGGAAACGCCUGAGAGGAUCUGUGAGCCUGAGUCGCCAAGCCUCCCCCGCCCCCGCCCGCCCAGUUUGCCAGAGUCGUGGGCAAAAGGCAGGGAAAGCGGGGCAGGGCAACUCUGAACCUGCUCCGGGUUCCCGCUCCUAGUGUGCGCGCGCCCAGGCUCGUGCUCUCGCGGCGCCGGCAGACCCGUUUGCCCUUCCCGACGGUAACACAAAAGCACCACUGCUCGGUACGAACCUUGAAUCAUUUAAAAUUUUGGUCUAGUUUCUCAAGCGCCCAGAGAAGGAAGGCGCGGCGUUUCUCCGGCGCGCGCGGGGCCUCCCCGGGGUCCGCGCGCCGCCUGCGUCCGCAAGGGGAGCAGCGUUCUGUCACUUCCGCUCUUAGGACCGUGCCGGACCCGCGGGACAGGCCGAAGCGCUCCCGUCCCGGGCACGCCCUCUGCCAUUUGGCCUGAGGCUAGAUGAUCCGUGCCCGCGUCCGGUGCGUGAGUCCUACUAACCAGUUAGCUGUGAGAGUAUUUCCGUUGUCCUUGUGGGUCGCCCGCCGUCAGAGGCCCUCCCCGCCGGCGCAUGUCCGACGAAAACAGCAGCAAAAGGAGGCCUAGCGCUCCCCACAGACGGUGAGUGUCAGCCGGUGAACCUCUCCCGAGGUCGGCCGGAAUAACCAGCGCUCGCUGCGGCCCGUUUCUGUGGGAGGAGCACAGGGAGCCCGCGGACCGCUUCGACCGGACCGCGGCAGGCCACGCCUCGGCUUGCGUCCUGCGGCCGUCGGUGGACGUCACUUCUCAGGAGGUGGGGGAAGCCCCAGUCCUGCCUGCGCGCGCUCGGCCCGACCUUCCCGCGCACGCGUCUGCCGCAGGGCCCCUUGGAACACGUGCGCUGCCACAGUACGUCAAGUGCGCCUCGGCCUGUGGCGUUUAGAUCGUACGCCUCGUUGCAGCGCGCGUUCCUGUAACCGCUGUGUGACCCGUAAGAUUCCCAGAAGUAACCUGCGUUUCAAAAACACAAGUACCUUGCGGGGAGGGUGACUUCUGCCCCCCUCAGUGGGGGUCACUAGGCUCUCUGAACCAAGUACAUUUUUGAUGAACUAAGGUGAAUAAAGGCAAAACUAAAAACUCCUCAAGCUCAGCGUAACGGAUCAGUGUCGGGUGCGUGCGACGCCGUGUACCGUCUGCGCUACCCCACGCCAGGCGGUGGGGCGGGCGGGGGGCAGGGGCACUCACCUCUGAAGGUCUGCUUUGUCCCAGGCACCUUCCUCACCUUGGUCAAGGUUCGGACACUGGUCUUGUCCUUGCAUAAGUAAAUUCUCCUGAGAACUAAAAGACGUGGCACAAAGUGAGCGGGCGGAUGCGGGACCUGGGCGUUUCGUGGGAAUAAGCGACUGGAAAACCUGCCGCGCCGUGGCGGGGUAAGAUACAGACAGACGUCGGCCGAGUGGAAAACCUCCACGCGUUCCCAGCUUAAGCGGGCACUUCAGCUGUCCGUGGAAGAAUGCGGGCCAAGAGGAGGAGAUGUUCUGCUUCCCCGAGUCUGCUGCUCUGGUGUGCGUGGCCCCCAUCUUCAGAGGCCUGGCCUGACCAAACAGCAAGUCACCGGGGCUGCAGGAACAUUUCCCUCUGAGUAGCCACAGGCCCGACAAGAGGCGCUGGGGACCUCCUGGGGGGGGAAGGCAUCAGGUUUCUCCGUCUGGUGUCUGGCAGGGCUCAUGAGAACACCAGGGUCCCGCGCCAGCUUCCGCUCAUUGGACCACCACCAUCCCAAAUCUCGGAGGACGGAGCUUCAAGUGCGGGACACGUCCGUACCGCGCCGACCGUGUGUCUGGAAACGUGCCAGAGAAACUUCCCAUCGAUUCGUGCCAAUCUUGACUUCCUGCGGAACCUCGAGCUAGAACAUCCCAGAUCAAGAGUUAAUGUUUCUGGUCAUAGCAAGGAUAUCUUUUAAAACCAGGGAAACUUGACAGAAUGGAUUUAAAACCAUCUCUCUCUCUUGCCAAGUGGAGAAGGCAGAAAGGGCUGACUCCCUAGUUUGCAGAUCAGGAACUGGCGAUUUAUUUGAAAGGAGGUGUGCUUCAUAUUCUAGGAGAUAAAGACCUAAUAAAAUGAAACAGCUUUUUUUAAUUUUUAUUUUCAGUACAUUAAAUUUACUCAUAAAAACAUUCUAAAAAUGUACAAUUUUUCCUUUUUAACAAAGUAUAAUAAAACAUAAAAACUUCAAAAACAAUACUUAACAUUUACAAUUCAAAAUCAAAUUAGCAGAAUAUUAAAUAUUUACAAAACUAUAUCUUUUAAAAAUAUUUAUAAAGUUACAUGCAAUUUUGUAGAAUUGACAUAAAAGAAUGGCUCAAAAAUGGGAGAAUUUUCCUUCAUUCCUAAAAAGAAAAUCUGUCCAAGAUUAGCUGUGAAGAUUCUCGAGUACACGAGGUCUCUGGUUUCAGUACCAAAGCCUUCAUCUUUGUGCAUGUAAGAACUUAAUGCAUGUGAGAGGCUUGUAAAAUCCCCGGGACCGACUGACGAGCCACACUGAGCUCCCCUCCCACAAGAACAGUGUAGUCAAGUUGACCUUUGGCCUCAACCAGCAAGUAUGUGGUUUUGCGAGUGUUGACUGAAUCCGUUCAAGAACCUCAGGAUUUUGCAAACUGAGCCUCUUCAGGACCCACGGCUUUAAACGUCCCCUGACUCAUUCUUUGGGAGUCAUCUGCACGUUGAAAAGGACACCCGCCCGCUCGGGUUCCACAGGCCCAUCCAUCCUCUGGGAAGGACAUGGUUUCCCUUACCAUCCUUAAGACUCACAGGUACGCCAUCGCUAACCAGUACGUAAAACCAGCAAGGCAUCAAAGAACCCACCACAGAAGCAGGAAGAGUACGAAAUGACGGAGUGAGGAGGGCACAGCCCGAUUCCACUGGGCCAGCGCUCUCCAGCAACACUGGAGCGAGCCCAGAGCAAGCUUCGGUCCGAUCCAGAUGGAUCAGAUUGGCCGGUGCCCCCUCGGGGACGCGCCGCAGCAGCUGUGUGACGUUGGGCGGGGUUGCCACCAGGCCUCUGUGCCCUGGCACAGUGCAGUGCAAACUAGCUUCAGUGACUUCUAAAUAGUGAAUUAAAACACUGAACCUACUGGCUACUAUAUUCACAAGCCGACUCCUGUCAUCUGGAUUACAGAUGAUGCUGGUUGUUGGUGGUGGUUUUUCAUACCCAAUCACACAUACCUGCUUCGAAAAAAAUAAUUUUGUCGUCGUCGUAAGUGCUAGCUCCCAUUUCCUCAGUGCUCUUCAGCAAUGACAGCUUUCAACAUUUAAACACGUUUCCAAUUUUCAAUAUUACCAUGAAAUAAAAAUUAGAAAAGAAGGUAGAAAACUGAGUGUUUGCUUAAAAAAAAAAAAGAUUCAAUAGUUCUUUUAUCCCAACAUUGUAUUCCACUUCAAUCUGUACAUUCCACUUCCCCCAUUCUUGGAGACAAAAAAACGGGGAUAGAAACUUUGAUAUAUGACAGACGACACAGAGCAAAGUGGCUGUGCCACACCUACCGGUUGCUACAGCCUUUGCAAACUGAGCCCAUGAUUUCAGGGAAAUGACUACGUAGUUGAAAGGGUCAGUCAGAUCUGUGUUUCUAAAAAGAUGAGGACAUCUGAGGAAAUGCAAAAUUGCUCUUCAGGCUUACGGACUUUGGUUGCUUUUGGAGAGAAAGGUUUAUCGGAGAUGACGCUGCCAGCAAACAUUCCCAAGUCCAAGCGUUCACCUGGGAAGAGUCUCAUGGGUGUGCAGCUGGAUGCUUUGUGUCCCGUGUCUCUCACGUUCACGUUUCUCAAUUCUCACCUUGGAAUGGCCUCACUGGAGACAUCACACCGCACAUGCACUUUCAAAGACAAGUGGGAAUUUUGCUAAGACCUUUGAUGACUGAACACAGCCGCACAAUGUCUGGACUUAUUUUCCUCCAUUUGAAUGUCCUACUUCGAAUCGAAGCUCGUAUUUUAAUUUUUUGUUGUAUGGAACACACUAACUGCUAAUAUUUAUCAAAAUAGUCAUAAGGGUAACAACAGACACUUUCAUUCCCCGAUACUGACCACUAAAACAGAAACCCUAAAUAUGAUAUUUUUUCUUUUGUUAUGAGACAGUUUUCAACAAUUUCACUGUGUUGAAAUAGGAUUUAUUUAAAAUAUUUCUUUGUUUAAAAAACCAAAAAAUUUAAAAGUUUGGCUUUCAGCACAUGUCCAGGCCACCAUAACGGCCUUCAGAAAUAUUAAAAUCGUAAACAUCAGUGGACACUCCCAAGUCUUCCUUUAACAUCAUAUGACAAGUUCCAGGCUCCUACUCUUUAAGGCAAAGUUGUGUCAGUUCUCAUUAUUUUGACAUUUUGUAGUGUUUAUAAUUAAGAGAUCAAUGUAACAUUCCCCAAGAAAGCUGUUGUAAGCAUCACCAUCACUUCAAAAACUGUAUGUAAUACCGUGUACCAGGAAGAGAGAGAAGCAUACAGAGGUCUGUCAAUUCUGCAUUGCAUAGAAAUGAAACUCUACUAAAAUAAAGCUCUAAAAAAAAAUUCUACGAAAAGCCUUUAAAAAAAGAAAAG